GUUCAAAUGCGAUUAAUGUCACUGUCACUAUUCAGAGGACUAUUCUGAAACGAUAAUGCGAAUUGGUUAAUUGGGAUCAUAUCGCGGUGCCUUUCUGAUCCCAAUGAUCGACUCAAGAUGGGUUCCAGCGCCAAGAAGAAGAAGGAAAAGAAGAAGGACUUCCAGAAGCCCAAGUUGAAAGUAGGAAAAGCCAAGCCGAAAGCUUCCAAUUUCACAGAUACCAGCUUUAAAUCUAAAGGUAUCGUAUUACAACAGCAAUUAGCUGAGAAUGCGCCGAAUCCGACCGAACGAUUCAAGCACAACCUUUCUCUUACGGCCUCGCGCUCAGAUACUCAACGCAGAGAUGCGCUAUCAUACCUUACGGGCCAAUUAUCUACUUCCCCGCCGACAAAUCCGGUAGGCACGUCGACGUUGCUUCAGAAACUUCUGCCCAUGAUGUCCGACUCUUCCGGGCCUGUGCGGAACCAAUUAUUGAAGCUGCUGCGGAAUCUUCCCGCCGACGAAGUACGACCCCACGUUGAGAAGAUCAUGCUUUAUAUUCGAGGAACCAUGACCAAUAUUUCCCAAGAAGUUAAAGACGACGGACUUAACUAUAUGGAAUGGCUUCUUGACGUCGCUGGAGAGGAAGUAGUUUCGGGUCCCGGCUGCUGGGUCAAGCCACUUCGAGACUUCAUGUCCGUACUAGGAUGGACAGUCAAAAUUGCCCCGACCACCGCGGCGAAGAGCGGAUGGACAUCCGCGCCUAGAACCACGUUCGGCGCUAAGAAAUAUGGUCAAUCCUUCCCACGUCAGAUGCUCAUACUUUCUAAAUUCCUAGAAAUGGGAUUUAAGCCAGGCGAACCCACACCCUGGUCUCCCAACGACUGGUUUGAUAACAUAGGCCGCGUACCAAGGACGUCGGACCCGUUUGGAUAUCUCGGUUUAUUCAAACCCCCUAGAGAUGAGGAUGGGGAGAUAUACUGCAACCGGGAAGACAGACAAGAUGUCUUUCAGAAGAGAUUCAUGGCGGCAGUCGAGGCUGGCGUAGAUAUGGCUAAGAGGGAAGGGGGAACUGCUGGGAGAGCUGCGGCAACACUGGAUCAAGUGCUGAGGGAUGGUAUGGCUGAUUAUGAGCAGAACUCACGACUUGACGAUGAUGAUUAUUUGUGGGAUGGAUACAUAAUGUAGGCUUAUUCUCGAUAUACCCUAUGAAUAUAACCUACCUAUACCAAACAAGACUAUCAUUCUAUUCCGACAGUAUAUUCAAGGGCA